AUGCACAGAGAGGUCAAACACAUUGUGUCAAGAGAGGUCAAACAUAUUGUGUCCAGAGAGGUCAAACAGUGUGUGCCCAGAGAGGUCAAACACCGUGUGUCCAGAGAGGUCAAACACCGUGUGUUCAGAAAGGUCAAACAGUGUGUGCCCAGAGAGGUCAACACCGUGUGUAUAGAGAGGUCAAACACCGUGUGUCCAGAGAGGUCAAACACCGUGUGUCAAGAGAGGUCUAACAGUUUGUGUAUAGAGAGGUCAAACACCGUGUGUAUAGAGAGGUCAAACACCGUGUGUCCAGAGAGGUCAAACACCGUGUGUCCAGAGAGGUCAAACACCGUGUGUCAAGAGAGGUCUAACAGUGUGUGUCAAGAGAGGUCUAACAGUGUGUGCCCAGAGAGGUCAAACACCGUGUGUCAAGAGAGGUCUAACAGUGUGUGUCAAGAGAGGUCUAACAGUGUGUGCCCAGAGAGGUCAAACACCGUGUGUCCAGAGAGGUCAAACUCCGUGUGUCAAGAGAGGUCUAACAGUGUGUGUAUAGAGAGGUCAAACACCGUGUGUCCAGAGAGGUCAAACACCGUGUGUCCAGAGAGGUCAAACGCCGUGUGUCCAGAGAGGUCUAACAGUGUGUGUUCAGAAAGGUCAAACACCGUGUGUCCAGAGAGGUCAAACACCGUGUGUAUAGAGAGGUCAAACACCGUGUGUCCAGAGAAGUCAAACACCGUGUGUAUAGAGAGGUUAAACACCGUGUGUCCAGAGAGGUCAAACACGGUAUGUUCAGAGAGGUCAAACACCGUGUGUCCAGAGAAGUCUAACACCGUGUGUCCAGAGAGGUCAAACACGGUGUGUUCAGAGAGGUCAAACACCGUGUGUCCAGAGAAGUCUAACACCGUGUGUCCAGAGAGGUCUAACAGUGUGUGUUCAGAGAGGUCAAACACCGUGUGUCCAGAGAAGUCAAACACCUUGUAUACAGAGAAGUUAAACACCGUGUGUUCAGAGAGGUCUAACAGUGUGUGCCCAGUGACCUAG